AUACGUGUUUGACAUUAGCCUGGCAACACAAAGUCUGAGAAGCCGCUCCCACCAGUGACGACGCUGAGGUCAAAUAGAUACAUCGAAGAUGGCGACCGCCUAUCAGCGAUACAAUCUGCACACAACCUAUGACAAGUUUUACAUUGAGGCUUGUGAUGAGGGUGUGGAUGCAGUUCUGGUCAUCAACAGGGUCUCAAAUGAGAUGACCCUUGCAGGAAAGAAAGAUGUGCCCCCUUCAGCGGUCACCAAACCCAUAUGUGGAAUCAUGGGCACUGUUCGUCUUGUUGCUGGGAUGUACCUGAUCGUCAUCACCAGGAAGAAGAAUGUGGGUUGUCUACUGGGUCACGCAGUGUGGAAGGCUUUGGAGUUUGACGUCAUCCCUUACAAGAAGACAUUGCUACAUCUGUCUGAGACCCAGAUGCAAGAAAAUAAGACGUAUCUGUCCAUGAUUGACAACGUGCUGAUGACAGACGGCUUCUACUUCUGCACAGACUAUGACUUGACGCACACACUGCAGCGCCUGGCCAAUACCAGUCCGGACUUCCAGGACAUGAGCAUAUUUGAGAGGGCAGAUCAGAGGUUUGUGUGGAACGGAAAUCUGCUUAGAGAGCUGGCAGCAGAGCCUGAGCUCCAUAGAUUUGCACUUCCUGUAAUGCAUGGCUUCAUCGUCAUGAAGCCGUGCUUUGUAAAUGGCAAAGUCUUUGAGUGGAUUCUCAUUUCAAGAAGAAGUUGCUUCCGAGCAGGUGUCAGGUACUACGUCAGAGGGAUUGAUUCUGAAGGUCAUGCAGCUAAUUUUGUGGAGACAGAGCAGAUUGUUUUGUAUGAAGGGGCCAAAGCUUCGUUUGUGCAGACUCGUGGCUCGAUGCCUUUCUAUUGGAGUCAGAGACCCAAUCUCAAAUACAAACCUAAACCAGUCAUCAGUUCUGCCACAAAUCACAUGGAUGGCUUCCAAAGACAUUUUGACUCGCAGCUGCUGACGUAUGGGAAGCAAACCCUACUGAACCUGGUGAACCAAAAAGGAUCAGAAUUGCCUCUGGAGGAAGCAUUUGCCAAGAUGGUGUCCAACAUGAACAACGACAAGAUCAACUACAUAGCCUUUGACUUCCACAAGGAGUGCAGCCACAUGAGAUGGGACCGUCUGCAGAAGCUGGUAGAUGCUGUUUCUGACACACAGGAUGAAUACGGAUACUUCAUGGUGAACGCUAAGGAUGAGGUGGUCCUUCAGCAGAGAGGAGUCUUCCGUAGCAACUGUAUGGACUGCCUGGAUCGGACGAACGUCAUCCAGAGCAUGUUAGCACGCUGCUCGCUGCAGUCUCAGCUCAAGAGGCUGGGAGUCCUGAACGUGGGCCAACAGAUCGAAGCACAGACAGACUUUGAGACAAUCUACAAAAAUGCAUGGGCUGACAAUGCAAAUGCAUGCGCCGUACAGUAUGCUGGAACUGGAGCUUUGAAAACCGACUUCACACGGACAGGAAAAAGAACCCACUGGGGACUGAUGAUGGACGGCUUAAACUCCAUGAUCCGCUAUUACAAGAACAACUUUUCUGAUGGCUUCAGACAAGACUCCAUUGAUCUGUUCCUGGGGAACUACACUGUGGAUGAGUCAGAUGCUACCAGUCCUCUCCGUGUGAAGAAUGACUUGAAAGUUCUUGCACUGCCUUUCAUCAUGCUGGCAGCUGUCGUGAUGUGCAUCUUAUGUCUCCUCAAAGCUGGUGAUACAUGGGGUGAAACAAUGACCUAUGUCUUGUUCUGGGCAGCCACUAGCACCGUCAUAGGCUCCAUCAUCCUUUCCAACGGCAAAGACUUUGUGGACGCGCCCAAACUGGUUUACAAAGAAAAGCUGGAUUGACGAGGUAGAGGUGGUGUCAGACCUGGAGAGCUCAUUUUUACUGUUUGCACAACAGUCAGAUUCCUCUCUCUUCAUUCUUCAAGCAUUCUGUUCUUACUGGCUAGCUUGUUCCUCAGUUUGCACGAGAUUUGCCGGCAGAGGUCAUUUUCCUGUUUAACUGCCUGACUGCACUGUUAGCCUGAAUACAUGAGCGUUGUAAAGUCUUCUGGCUGAAGCACCAUGCCAUCACUGUGGAACACAACUCUAAUCUUUCUUUGCACACGAAGGUGAUCUGGGGUCAGUCUCAUCUUCAUCUGCUCCACCACUAGCUGUUGUUUUCCAUGGUUUGACAUACACUCCUAGUUAUUCAAUGUAAUCAGAUUCAAUUCUGAUCCGAUGUUUUGGAGCUUGAUGAGAACAACUUCCCUCACUGUUGUUCCUCUUGGUUUGUAAUUUCUUUUUCAACUCUGAAAUUAUAGCACUGCUGCACAUCUGUUUAGAUGUGACUGGAGCUCUGAGUAGUAAUUUGACCUCUGUUAUCAUGUUGUUGAUUGUCUCUUUGCCUUACUGUGGUCACAUAUGAUUUUUGGUCGUGGUGUAAGAUUAAAUAUAUUUUUAGGUGCAGACUUUUCUCUGGACAUGACGUCCACACAAAUCCGAUCUUGUAAGUCAGAGUGUAUGAUGAACAUAUCUUCUGUAGGUUUGAUUCAAUAAACACAUAUGAUAUGC